GCAGAGCGGGUUCUCAGACGGCUUCUCCUCCUCCUGCUCCUCCAGCUCCUGCUCCAGCUCGCGUUCCUUGACCCACGGAGCGCGCCGGCCCACGGAGUCGUGCGCCAGCGCCGAGGCAGCCUCGCCGCGCCCCAGCCCGUCCCGCCGGAUCGUCGGCGGGCAGCGCACCCGAGGCCGAAGUUGCCCUGCACGGCCGGGUGGGCGAGCUCCGGCUGCAGCGACCCGCCGGCGGCGCGCACCGCAACUCUGAGGAAGCGAGCGGCAGCUCCAGCAGCGGCGACCGCAAUGACUCCGUGGCUCGGGCUCGUCGUGCUCCUGGGCAGCUGGAGCUUGGGGGACUGGGGUGCCGAGGCGUGCACGUGCUCGCCCAGCCACCCCCAGGACUCCUUCUGCAACUCUGACAUAGUGAUCCGGGCCAGGGUGGUGGGAAAGAAGCUGGUGAAGGAGGGGCCGUUUGGUACGCUGGUCUACACCAUUAAGCAGAUGAAGAUGUACCGAGGCUUCACCAAGAUGCCCCACGUGCAGUACAUCCACACGGAAGCUUCCGAAAGUCUCUGUGGCGUUAAGCUGGAGGUCAACAAGUACCAGUACCUGCUGACAGGCCGUAUCUACGAUGGUAAGGUGUACACAGGACUCUGCAACUUCGUGGAGCGGUGGGACCAGCUCACCAUCUCACAGCGCAAGGGGCUGAACUAUCGGUAUCACCUGGGUUGUAAUUGCAAGAUCAAGUCCUGCUACUACCUGCCUUGCUUUGUGAGCUCCAAGAAUGAGUGUCUCUGGACCGACAUGCUCUCCAAUUUCGGCUACCCCGGCUACCAGUCCAAACACUACGCAUGCAUCCGGCAGAAGGGUGGCUACUGCAGCUGGUACCGAGGAUGGGCCCCCCCGGAUAAAAGCGUCAUCAAUGCCACAGACCCCUGAGCGUCAGACCCUGCCCCACCUCACCUCCCUCCCUUCCCGCUGAGCUUCCCUCGGACACUAACUCUUCCCAGAUGAUGACAAUGAAAUUAGUGCCUGUUUUCUCGCAAAUUUAGCACUUCGAACACUUAAAGAAAAGUCUAUGCUGUCCUAUGGAGUUUAUUUGGAAACAUCCUCCUGCCCCCCCUACCCCCACUGCCAACCCCUUCUUUUUGGUUUUGACAUCACCCAUUUCCACCCAGGAAUUUUUGGUGCCCUGCCAGAGAGAACGGGGAAACGUACACUCCUCUUCUUCAUGAUAACGUAAUCUAUAUUUUUUUAGGAAAACAAAAAUCACACAACUGUCCCAUUUGGGCAGUGUCCUACCGACCCCUCCUGGUUCCUUCCCACCUCAUCAUCUCCCAGACCCUCCUCCCUCGGCCCUUCUUCUCCACCCCAGUACAGAAAGGCCACAGACAAGGAAGCUACUGAAAGGCCAGCUGUUUCAGGAUCAGUCAAAGGCAGCGAGCAGAUAGACUCAAGGUAUGCAGAAGAUCUCACCCACCCGGAGAUGCUACUGCAUGUCCCAACCAGACAACGUCUGUCUGUCUGCGUGUCAGAGUGUGAGAGGGAAGGAACAAACUACCAGAGAGGGUCUGAGAUGAUGUAGCACACACACAAUCCCCCCGGCCCAGUGACGCCUGGGGCGACCUGAUGUUUCUGAGUCUGGAGCAAGCAGGCCGGCCGGCAUAACAGUGCUGUCUUAGUGGGUGAAGACUUAAACAUCUGCCUGAGGUCCGGAGGCAAUGUGCCUGCCUUGUACAGAAGCUCAGGUGAAAGAUUGAGACGAAUGUCUUUCCCCUCCCCGCCUUCCACGAGAUUUCCUCCUGGAAAACCCUUGGGUAGAUUUGACCAGGAGCUCGCCUUUAUGUAAAUGGAAGAAAUACAGACACCAUACACUAUCCACAGGUAUAGCCAAGUAGACUUGGACAGAGAAUACUAUUUCCAAAGUAGCAUUUAGCUCACCGAGGGGGGAUGUGUUUGCAUACACAUUUGCAUAUAUCCACACAAGGACAUAAGCUGAUUUUUUACAGGACAGAGAAUUCUGUUCAAUGCUGUUAAAUACGCCAGUAGUUUAAGCUCUUCUAUUUUGUUGUUGUUGCUUGUUUGAAGAAAAUCAAGACAUUCCAAGUUGACUUUUUUUUUUUUUUUUGCAUUUUAAUUAAAAUUUGAAAUUCUGAACACCCUCGGCAUUCCUCUAACUGAGGUCAUCUGACCUCUGUCCCUCACCUUUUCUCCUGCUUCAUUCCCGUUUGGGGCCUUCCUGUAACGGCCUUACUGGCUUGGCUCAGAAGGGAGGUGAGUUAGCGUGGGUCGGGGCCCUGGGCACAGGAGGGAAAGCUGCAGAGUGUCCUGCCAAGGCUGGACGGCCACCUUUCCUGGGCUUGGGGACAGCUUGCUCCUCUUCCUCCAGCUCCAUGGUGGGCGAAUGCCACCUCCUGAGGGCUCCACCUCAUGGAUUUAAAUUGGUGGUCACUGGGGAAGCCUGACUCGGCGGUCAGCUGUGGGGUUCUGUCGUGUUUUCUUGAAAUAAAACUAUAAUAUAAAUUCUCCAAUGAAAUAAAAUUAUUUUAUAAUUUAGUG